GGCGGCCGGACGCAGCAGCCAGAGGGCGGCCCGUCAUGUUCCGAGCCGCCCACUCGACCGCGCCAUGGGUCUGAAGAACAACAAGGUGAAGGACGGUGGCGGGGCCCGCCGCGGCUCCGCCCUCUCGCUCGAGGACAGCGACGACGACAGCAAGCUCGUCGAGUUCAACGGCGGCGUCUUCAAGGUGAAGACGGGAUGCUGCGGCCUGGACCCCACCACCGGCCGGGGCAAGCAGAUCCACCUGGCGCAGAUGCUCUGCCUGCCCUUCAUCCCCAUCAUGGCGCUCAUCAUCCAGAACGCCGUCAACAUGAUCAGCGUGCUGCAGUACCAGUACGAGAUGCAGGAGACUAUCAGUCAGGUGCAAAUCAGCACCGGCCUGGGCAACGUCACGGAAGCCCUGCAGUCUGAGCGUGCCGAGAUCGCCUUCUUCCUCUUCACCAACGGCUCUGUGAUCCGGCGGAACCUCUCGGAGCACUUCCAGUACACCAACCAGCUGAUCGACGAGCUCAAGUGGCCCAAGUUCCGCAUCGGCGACCAGCUGUUCCAGAACAAGAUCCUGUUCCGCAUCCGGCUGGAUGACUUCCGGGACAAAAUCACGCGCUUCGACACACCCUCCAUCGACGCCGGCAUCCAGUUCUACAACCGCGCCAACUACAUCUUCCUCGAUCAGCUCACCAGGGAGAUCAAGGAGAAGGAUUCGUCAGGUGUAUGGCGGCCUCUUUUGGCAUACAAAAACCUGAUCCGCGCCAUCGAACAUCUGGGCAUCAGCAUGGUGUUCGGAGAAGAGUACUUCGGCAGAGGUGACCUCGACCACAACAGCUACCUCAGCUUCGUCACCAACGACGCGCUCGGACAGGAUUUCCUCAACGCCAGUAAAAGCUUCGCGUACUGGAUCAAGGACAGGUACCAGCUACUUCAGCACGAGUAUCCGUGGUACUCCAACAUCACAAGGAGGAGGAAGGAGAUCGUAAAUCGAGUGAAAAUCGAGCCGGAUUUCGGAAAGGCGACCGAGUACUUCUAUGCCAUGCUCGGCUACCUGGACUCCUUACAGAAAAUCCAGUAUGAGAUCAGAGGGAAGAUAGAAAACACCAUUCUGUCCGAGGUGGGCUCUUCCAACAGCCACGUGGUGGUGGGCAUCGCUCUGCUGGUGGUUGUGCUCAUCAUCUCUCCAGUCAUCAUUAUCCUGGUCAGAAAAGUCACCAGAACUCUUCAGGCAUUUACCGAAACCCUCCAAUACAAAACCUACGAGCUGCGCUAUGAGAAGAAGCGAUCGGACAUGCUGCUGUACCAGAUGCUGCCGCCCACUGUAGCCCAACAGCUAAAGCAGCGCAAGCAGGUGUCGGCAGAGACGUACGAGUCAGUCACCAUCUACUUCUCCGACAUCGUGGGCUUCACCGAGAUGGCCUCAGAAAGCACGCCGAUGCAGGUCAUCUCGCUCCUGAACGCUCUCUACCGCAUGUUCGACUCCAGAAUAGAGCUGUACGACGUGUACAAAAUCGAGACGAUCGGUGACGCGUACAUGGUGGCCUCAGGCGUACCACAGCGCGCCCAGGAGCAGCAGCAGGCGGGCAGCCUGGAACGACUCAUUUUCACCACGCCCUGCUAUAAGAUCAUGAGUCACCAGCGGCUAGGCAAGGACCACGCGGCCGAGGUGGCCUCGAUGGCGCUGGACCUGCUGCACGCCACCGAGAACUUCGUGGUGCCGCACAUGCCCGGCGAGCGGCUUCAGAUCCGCAUCGGCAUCCACACGGGGCCGGUGGUGGCCGGCGUGGUCGGCACCAAGAUGCCGCGCUACACCCUCUUCGGAGAAACAGUCAACAUCACCAGCAAGAUGGAGGCGACCGGCCUGCCCUUCAAGAUCCACAUCACGGCGGCCACCAAGGAGGCGCUGGACAGGGCCGGUGGCUUUAUCAUGAAACUGCGUGGAGAAAUGGAGAUCAGGGUCCAGUUCAACAAGGACGCGCAGAGCAAGGGCGCCAUGGAGACGUUCUGGCUGAUCGGAAAACACGGCAAACUGCCUGACCGGCGCGUGGACUCGGACAAGGAGGACGUCAUCGACGUGAUGGCCGAAAACCCGCACACCAACGCGCUCCGAAAGGAGCGCCAGAAGCAGAAAGAACAGGCGAGCCAGAAGCAGUCGACGCUCUCGCGCGCCAUGGAAUCUAUCAAGGGCCAUCUGACUGGAUAACUGAUGUACUUUUAGUUUGUUUUCACUGCAACAGAAGGCACUGCAAGUGAUGCUAAGGACGGGCAGACCAGACGGCGAUUGUUAUUAUUAUCUGUUUGAUGUUUCCUGUUGGCUAUGCGUUAGAUGUCGCUAGGUUACAAUGCGACGCUGAGGUGCGUUCGGGUGCACCGGCUCUGCAUACGAUGAGCAUGCACAGAGGACCACGAAUCUGGUGGAUACGCCGCCUGGCAGCGUGCGUGGCGCCGGUCAGCAUUGGGAGUCAGGACUCGUACAGGCCUGGCCCUCGCGGGCUGCACACUCCGAUGUCAAGAGGGCAGGCGUCACAGCCUCUUGCCACAUCAGCGGAGCUGCCCACACUCGUGUUCGAAUCGUGUUCGCACGCGCGCGCGUUCGCAGCAGAGCGACCCGCAGCAGCGGUGUGGGACCAAUGAAUGUUCGCUGUCAU